UACUUCCGUAUUACAGAUCGAUAACAGUGGUGAUAAAAUUCCGAUAAAAUUUGUAAAUAUUCAAUUGAUAUCGCAACAUGGCUUCAAAUUUUUGCACCUUAUCAUUAGGCCAGCUUAAAACGGAGCUAAGGCGACGCAAUGCAAAGUUGACUGGACGGAAGAAGGAAUUAAUCGAAAGACUGGAGGCAUAUGACAGAAACCAGAAUUUCAACAGGGAAGAAGAUCUUCUACCAGAAUUCAACAUGAGCCUGCCCAAGACUAGUGGAUACAGAGAUGUAAAUUCAGAUGCUAAAAUGGCACCAAUAACAAUGGAGAAGGCCAUCGAAUACAUGGACCAGUACCGGGUGGAGUUUGAUGCGAAGGUAAAAGACCUGUACGACGACAAGUUUCUUCUAUACAUGCGACUGUUUUCGGCACCAUCUCUGGACUUUGUUCGUGGGGCAUGUAAAGCAGAAAUGAGGAAGAAGGUUAAUUAUGUUGUAGACAUUUCUUUACACAAGAAUGGAUAUAUUCAUGAAGCACAGUGUGAAUGUGGUGCAGGAGAAGGCCCAUUUGGACAUUGCAAACAUAUUAGAACUAUGAUAUAUGCAUGUUGUAAAUUUGUUAAAGAUGGAGAAUUUAAAGUUGAGACAACAUGCACAGAAAAAUUGCAGUCAUUUCACAAAGCAAAAAAGCAUACUGGUUCCCCCCUUAAGGCUCGAGAUUUAAACUUGGGCGGUGCAGAUAUUUGUGACAUUAAAGAUUUUGACCCUCGGCCACAAAAAUUCCGUAAAGUUGAUGGAUAUCAAGACUAUUUUCACAAUAUUUGUAUGAAUUUUAGGGGUAUAUCAAAGACACCAAUUUUUCAGACAUUCAGCCCAGCCAAUAUUCGUGCAAUUUCCAAUGACCAUGAUUAUUUUGAAGUAUCUCAUGAAGACAAUUUCCUGGAACAAAGUAAAAUAACCAAACUAAGUGACAAGGACAGGGAUGAUAUUGAAAUGUAUACUAGGGGACAAAACAAGAACGACCGAUGGUUUGAAGAACGAGAGAAAAGAAUUCAGUCAUCUAAUUUUCACCGUGUGUGUACCGCAACAGAAAGAACUGACUUACAUGACUUGGCAAAGUCCUUUGUUCGGGGAAAAGGAUUAAAACCUACAGAAGCAAUGCGCCAUGGAAUUCAGUAUGAAAAGGACGCCAUCCAUCAAUAUGAAAGCAAAAAUAAUGUCAAAGUAAAACCAUGUGGGAUAUUUGUAUCAAAAAACCUUCCGUUUUUAGGUGCAUCACCCGAUGGCAUUGUAGAUGAAAACCUACUUAUUGAAGUUAAGUGCCCCUUCAGUGCUAAACACAAAAAGAUAUCACCAGUCACUGUGCCAUACUUGAAGGAGACAAAUGGAAAUAUGACUUUGAGUACUAAGCAUCCAUAUUAUUUUCAAAUUCAGGGUCAGCUGUUCUGUGCAGAAAGACAAUUUUGUGACUUGGUAAUAUACACCUUGAGUGAUAUUUUGUUCACUAGAAUUUAUCGGAAUGAGAACUUUAUUGCACACAUGAUAUGCAAGCUUGACCAGUUCAAUACUUCACAUUUCAGAGCCGCAAUUCUUGAAAAGUACUUUUAUAAAACUUAA